AGACAGAACUAUUGGAAAGGUCCACGCCUCUAUGCUAUUGUUUUCUCUUGCUUGAAAUUUCCUUGCUCUUUCUGGGAACUUGGAGACCACGCACAGACGACCGGGUAGAUAAAUAUCGAUCUGCAUCCAAGCAGACAAGAUCGAAGCACAAGCAAAAAGUGACCGUUAUGGGAAACUGUUUUGGAACUCAGGUGAAUCAUCACCAUAGCCCAAGCACCACCAAAACUCCAACCCCAGAAACAUCAAGAAACAAUAGCAAACAAAUAGAAGGGACCCCAAUUAGAAGCCACAGCAAUGCAGCCCAAAACGGAAACGUGGUUGAAUUGGGAGGCCAAAGCAACGUUAACGUUGAGGAAAGGCCUCAGGCCGGAAAGGUGAUCACGCCAAACUUGAAAAUAUUCAGACUGGCAGAGCUGAAGUGUGCGACACGAAAUUUCAGACCGGAUACAGUGCUCGGCGAGGGAGGGUUUGGAAGGGUUUUCAAGGGUUGGCUGGACGAGACCACAUAUGCACCGUCCAAGGUCGGCGUCGGAAUAGCUGUUGCUGUGAAGAAAUCGAACCCUGAUAGCCCCCAAGGGUUGAAAGAAUGGGUGGCAGAAGUGAAAUUCUUGGGGAAGUUCUCUCACCCCAACUUGGUUAAGCUCCUGGGCUACUGUUGGGAAGAUAAAGAAUACCUUCUUGUAUACGAAUACAUGCAGAAGGGAAGCUUGGAGAACCACCUUUUCAGAAUAGGAUCUCCGGAACCACUUCCAUGGGAUAUAAGGCUUAAAAUAGCAAUAGGAGCAGCUCGAGGCCUCUCUUUCUUACAUACAUCAGAAAAGUCUGUGAUCUACCGUGAUUUCAAGCCGUCCAAUAUAUUGCUAGAUGGGGACUACAAUGUAAAGCUUUCUGAUUUCGGACUGGCAAAGUUGGGCCCCAUAAAUGGAGACUCGCACGUGACAACUAUUGUAAUGGGCACUUAUGGCUAUGCAGCUCCUGAAUACGUUGAAACAGGUCAUUUGUACGUAAAAAGUGAUGUCUACGGUUUCGGGGUCGUAUUGUUGGAAAUGUUAACGGGCUUACGGGCCCACGACCCCAAUAGGCCCAGUAAUAGUCAGAACCUGGUCCUCUACGCCAAGCCAUCUCUGUCCCACAAAAAUAAACUUAAGAAAAUAAUGGACUCAAGACUGGGUGAACUUUACCCACUCGAAGGUGCGUGCCAAGUAGCUCAGCUAAUACUAAGAUGUCUGGACUCCGACCCAAAAACUCGUCCAUCGAUGGAAGAAGUUUUGAAAGAACUAGAGAACAUCAACACCAUCAAGGUGAAACCAAAGGCGACUAAAAAAAAAGACAGUGCAAAGCCUGGCUCCAGUAGACGCCAAGAGGAGCAUACCAAGCAUCAGCAUCGCUAUAACCAUCACCAGUCUCCAAUUCACCAAAAGAAUGGCAUUUCCAGCGCUGGAGCUAGAGCUUAUCAUCACUAGUUCCGGCUACAAGCCUACAACUUAAUAAGUAAUUGUAGUUUUGUUUUUGGUCUUGGUAUGCAUGCAGCUUCAUAUAUUUUUGUAAGUCUUGUAACAUGUCCAACCUGUUUUAUGAGAGGCCUGUCUCAUGACACCUCCAAUUCAAAUGAACCAGAAGGAAUCCCAGUUAGUUUUAUUUUAGGGGUAAUAUUGUUUUUUUACAUUUUGAAAAAAAUAAUAUUACCCUUUCAACAAUACUAACUGGAUCCCUCCCGUUCAUUUAAACCGGAGAGGAUCCAAAUGCCAUGACAAAGGCAUUCAUAUUUUUGUGUAGAAAAAUAAACUGUUAGAUAAAGAAAAUAUUGAAUUAUAAAUUA